AUGAGAAAUCGGGCAGUAGGAGGAGCCACUAUACAGUCGUCAACAUCUGCAGAUUGGUUUGCUGAAAAGGCCAUUGAUGGUAAUCGAGGUCUUCAACAGUUGCAUACAGGAUGCUCCUCAACCCUUAAUGAGACUAACCCGUGGUGGAGGCUGGAUCUGCGUGAUGUCUACCGAGUUAGUGAAGUGGUCAUCACUAACAGAAAAGACUGCUGUGCUGAACAGAUAAACGGAGCAGAGAUUCACAUCGGAAACUCUUUGGAGAACAACGGUACCAACAAUCCCAUAUGUGCUGUUAUUCCUGAUAUUCCAGCAGGUGAGUCCAACAACUACUUAUGUGAUGGAUUGGAGGGACGUUACAUGAUUAUUCAUAUUCCUGGAGACUGGAAGAUUCUUACUCUUUGUGAGGUUGAAGUCUACGGGUAUUUGGCAGACACCGGAGAGAAUGUAGCACUAUGGGGCAAAACUAGUCAGUCAUCAACUUACGCAGGCUCUGAACCUGAAUUUGCUCUUGAUGGAUUGUUGAACAGCUGGACCCACACUAAUGAACAGACCAACCCGUGGUGGAGAGUUGAUCUACUGAAAGUAUACAGAGUUAACAGAGUCACCAUCACUAAUAGACCGAGCAGCUAUUCGAGGAUUAACGGAGCUGUGAUUCGUAUCGGGAACUUUCUUGACAUUUAUAGCAACACCAUGUGA